AAUGGACGUGCGCGCAGUAUCACCAGGGCUAUUUCUAGAUCACUUUAUCGAUUUAUAUGUAACAUUAUCAACGCAUACCUGUAGAACAAAUUGUCUUAUCAUUUCGUUUUGCAAACUUUGCAACCGCACACAUGUCGUGGCUACGUUUUCGCGAUUAAGAAGAUACACUAUAGAUUACAAAAAAUCUCAAACUACGCAACAAUCGUCUGGUUAGUAUCUAUUUUAACGACAGUGGGAUUUCGAAUCAGAAGUUCAUUGGAACGAGUUCGAUAAGCCCAGAAGCGUAACAUCGAUAAUCGUACCGAUAGAUCGUAUCUAGAUAAACGAAAAAUCCCACGAUAUCAAUUGGGCCUUGAGCUGCAUGGCUCCAGGAUCAAUGGUUCCGUGCCUGGUUUGGUUCUGGAUCGCUCCCACCAAUGGUCCGCAUGCCACACUGCGGCCCAUCACGAGAAUCGAACAGGGCCGCGCAUUAUACGCGUACUGUAGCCUGCCAACGAAACGGCACACGUUUGUAUACGCACACGCACUGUUAAAAAAAAAAUCACCGCGCGCGAUCCUCUUUAUUUUUACCAUUCGAAUUUCGAAUCGCGUGAUCGCGGUAAAAAGUGCCGGAUAAAUCGAAGAAAGAUAUGCGCCGAUUGAUCGGGAAUUUCAAUCCUGUUCCACGUAACGCUGGUAAUCAUUGGUCCAGGGCAUCCCGAGCGCCGCCAAGCAUUACCCGCGUGAAAUUUGUAAAGUGCAUGCGCAUGCAUCCGAAGGAAACUGGCGUCUAUAGGUGGCGGCUACGUUGAUGCGCAAGUGAACGCGCGGUUCGUUCAAUUCUACGGCCCUGCCGGUUAGUACAUCGUGGAAUUUCGCGGUCGAACAAGUCAACGGCCUUAUCGUCGCUCGCAUUUAUGUCCCAGGAUCGAACCGUACUUCUCUUCUUAUCGUUCGUUCACGAGGAAACGUUUCUUCACGUACGAACGUUGAUUCGUGACGAAGGAUUAACUGGUUACGUUUGUGGUAGGAGAGAUCGAUCGACUAUCGAUCGGUUCGAAGAAGAAAUAGAAAAGAAGAAAUUGGGAAGCAGGAAGGAAGAUAAAGGAGAAAAGAAGAGGGCGCCAGUACAGAUAUAUCGGUGAGUGUGACUGGACGGAAAGACGUGGGCGAUUCCCAAGUACCGGCCUCCUGGUCUGUCGUGUCGUUACGAGUGUGUCAGUGAGUUUGUGGAGGCGAACCUAACCUAGUCGUUCGGUCUGUGGCGCACUAUCGAUCAAGGAGCUCAUCACUUUAAACAGAAGUCGACUAUUUUUUUCGGAUACUGGCUGUGCAUGCGUGAUCCCGCGGUCAGUGAAUAUACUGUUUGAAUUUUUCUUCUUCCUUUUCUUCUUCUUCUUCUUCUUUUUGGUGCGUUCCGUUCAAUUUCGCGCUCAACCGCGACGAGUUGCUUCGUCGAUGUGCGUGUUUCGAACGUGGAUUUAAACAGGAAAGUUUUACGCUUCCCGUGUAAUAAGAGAAAGAGGAAGACAGAAGAAGUUGGAGCAGAGGAAGCGGUAGGAGUCACGGGAAAUCGGAAGUGAUCGCGCUGUGUAGGUACUGGAAACGAUUCUAUGCGGCAAGAUGAUGGAGACACAGAAUUAUUGGGAGGACAACUCCGCUCAUUCUAUGCAAGUGAAAUACGAAAGUUUGGAUGGUAGAUCCUGCAAGGACGAAAUAUACAGGAUGGGUAUCGGUGCAGGAUAUUGCGAAGGAAACUUAAACUUUGCCACUGCUUCAGAGGACGACGAAGUUUACACGAAGAAGAAAGUUUCUAGGCAAGAUCCGAUGUCUCACAGGAUCAUCGAGAAACGAAGAAGAGACCGUAUGAACAACUGUUUGGCCGACUUGAGUAGACUCAUACCGGCCGAGUACUUGAAGAAAGGUCGUGGAAGAGUGGAGAAGACGGAGAUCAUCGAAAUGGCCAUCCGUCACAUGAAGCAUCUUCAAGGUCUUCGCCAAGAAUCAAAACAUCCUGCUGUGACGUCAGUUCACACGCACCCUGAAGACAGCGUGGACAGUGUUUCUCAUUCGACCGUGGCGUCGACCGCCGCAGAACACUACAGGCUGGGUUUUCAGGAAUGCCUCAGCGAAACCAUGCACUUCCUUGUGGAAGUAGAAGGUUUCUUUGCCAGGGAUUCCUUGUGCGUGCAGCUGAUCAAUCAUUUGCAGCAGCACUGCGAAAAGAUUUUAGCCACCAGCGAUAGGCUAGGCUUCCCGCAUCCCGAGAUGCCGACGACGAACGGUGUAGCGAACGGCACCAGCUACACCCACACCAGCAUUCCCACGAUGUGUCAACCGAAUGGUCACUCGGACCACGGUUCGAGUUCAGGCGUCAGUUCGUUCGGUGACCCGGAACGUCCUAUGCGUCCUACGAUCAUCCCACCGCCAGCGAUCGUCAGCGACGACAGCAAUCACAGCACCCAUUCGCACAGCGCACCAUCAACGACCAGCUGCAAGCCUUCCAAUUACAAGUUCAAGAGUUCCAUCAAGCAAAGGUUCUCCGCGGAGAGGAUAAAGUCUAGCCCACCACCUGCCAUCAACUCGGAGAAGCCAUCUUCGUCGCACGGGGUACCCAUCUUUGCUCUCCACGACGGUGGCGCCUUCUACGUCCCACUAACCAUCGAAGCGUCCAUGCUGAGGCCACACCUGAACUUCAUCCCAGACACCGGACCAGACACCGUUCUUCACCCCGUCACCAUAUCAGUGAACUUCAAUCAUUCGACACAGCCGGCGUGGUCGCACCAUCCCAGUCCCACUCAUCAACAACAGACAUAAAAAAUGGCGUCUUGAAUGCGAGCCCAUCUCGCGAUCUUCCAUCCGGAAUCUACAUACGCCUGUUCAUACGUCUUGCGAAUCACUGUGGAUGCGUUAAUCACUUGCACCAUAAGUGGUGCGAUCUGUAUGGACACUUGUACGAAGAAAUCAUUCGAUCAAGUAUUUUAAGCGGUAUCUACGACUCGAAGCUAUCGUCGUCGCAGAUUCUUCAUUUUAUUUCUGAUUCUUUAGUCGGUACAGUAUGAUGGCCACUGUGUACCGUGGUCGCAGAGAACGAUGGUGUCGAGGAUGUUUCUUUUUUUUUUUUCUUUGUAUAUUUACCGAGGCUGUGGGUUGUCUUAGCAUUUACGAGGUUCGAGAGAAAGUAUGGCAGCGAUGUCAUAGAUAGAGAUAUUAGAGUAUUAGGGCGUGAUGUCCCGGGUUGCUUUAGCUUCGGUGUGUCUUUACUUUCCGUCGAUAUCGUCGCGGUUGAAUCCCUCUUUUCUUUCCUCUCACAUCCAUACACUUUUUAUCUUGUUUCGUUCUAUCUUUCAUCCUACCUUUCCAAUCCUUUCCUCAUCGGUUGGGUAAAUGUGUCGCGCGGUGACUAGGCUUAUACCGUCGAGUUUUUUUCUUUUCCGUUUUUAUUUCUUUUCUCUUUGACGGAUCGCCAAUUCGUUCAUCGAUUAGUAUUAAAUAAAGAUUAAAUCGCUGCGUCUGUAGAUUCGCGAAGUAACAGCCAGGUAACGACGUGUUGUCGCACAAAAAGGAAAAAUGUUAAAUUGGACUGGUCGCAGUUAUUGAACUACGUUUUCGAAGCGUAUACUAAGCCGACGAAAGUGCCUACACGUUUUGAUCUAUGAAUUCCAUUGAUGUGAUCGUCUUGUAUGUACGAAGAAAGUGUUUCAUUUCCUGCGAAUAAAUUCUGUGUCACGUUCGAUCGUAAAGGAGCAAACGGGCCUCAGCAAUCAAAGACUGACCAAGACCUGCAUUACACUAAAUUCUCUUGUAAGAUCAUUGCAUUAAAUAUAUAUACAUACAUA